AUGGCCUACAUCACCGAUGCAGAAACACAACAGAAGUUGCAAGAACAUCCCAAUGUCUUAGAACUUUUCCACCGAAACACUGGCAUCACCGGGCACUAUGACCUCGUCCAACGCGCGGCAGCAUUGCGCGAACCAUUCCCUGAAACACCAUGGUUGGAAACAUGGAGAACACAGAGUGCAGAAGCAGUGUUGUGUCUUGCUGCAGAAAGCCUCCGAAACCCAGUGGAAGUGUCACCCAUGUCGCCGCAGAGUCAGUCAUCGCACGUUGCAGAUCCGAGUGCAGUGUGCGACACCCAUGCCGCAGGGGAUGCAGAGCGGCCAACAGCAGAGGCAGCCGGGCAAUCGCAGCAGACCAGCCGCACCACUGCGACAGAAUGGGAUGCAACAACGCGGCAGCCAAAUCGGUCGCAGCAGGUGCAUGACACAACUGAAGCCGACAAAGAGGCAGCCACUGGUGUCUGGGAAGGGCAUGACGACGCAGAAGCGUCGGAGGGUGCAGCAACCGACCUAGAUUCUGAAAGUUUGCUUUCCUGGGAUUCAAACCUAUCCGAGACCACAGAGGAGGCUGAAGUCGAAGUCACCGUGGACUCGACAAAGACAUGGGAGGCAAAAACAGCAGUGACGCAACGUGUGACCUGGACCUAUGGGGUGGACGAAACAAGGCCGCUAGUCGACUUGAACGAAACUUCUUCACCGACUGUGACAUCAAACGGCGCGCGCCCCUGCGCGCGACGCCAGAGCAGCGCUCAGGCAGCAGCUAAUGUGAACUCAGAAGCAACCAGUGCAAAUGACGAGACCGAUGCCCCAACCAUGAGCGGCCAGAGCUCGUUUCAGCCAGCGUCUGAGGUGCAACAUUUCAAGUCUUCUCUUGUGAAAACUGCAUCCCCAAAGAUCGUUUCCCACCUGCAAUCCGAAGAAACAACCCAAGUGUACAGCAAAACGGUUCCACAGCAUACAAGCCACAGCGAUGAGAACGCAACCUUGCACGACAUGCCAACCCAGAGCAUGUGCCAGAUGGUAGCAGAGAGAAAAGAUCAGGGCAGCCCUCCGGUGACAGCUGAAGUCAUAGCAGACUCGACCUCGUCACAGAAGCAAGAAGUUACAGUGUCAGUGACAAGCCAGAGCAGCGCUCAGGCAACCACAUCAGACAAAAGCGACGAAAAGGCCACAUCGGCUCGUCCGAGCCAUUCUCGGAUUUUUUUUUCUGCCAGUGAAGACGCAAGCCAGCCGCUGCCGCAGAAGCAUGCAACGCCCGAGUCAGUCGCAGACACAGCUUUGAAUGGCGAAUCCUUCGUAGCCAGUGUGAGACCCAACGUAUUGUCACAAGAUUACACGGGUGCAGGGUGGAAAGACCCCGACGUCGACAUGUUGUUGCAAUUAAGCAAUGCGACUGACACACUCACCAUUCGAACCGGGCACAACUUCUGGGACCAGUGGCAGAAUGACUUUCUCCCCUGGGCUUUUCCCUUCAGCCUCCCCGCACCCGUCAGUGGUCCGGACUUUCCCCACAAAGAGCGACCACGGAGGCCCGCAGAUGCGCCGCAUUUGCAACCCUUGGCACACUUGAAACUCCUGGCCGGACGCAUUGAGAGUUCAAUUCGCAACUCAUGGGAUCUGAUUCCCGGGCUGCGACGAUUGACAUUCAAAUGGCACUCGGUGUGGCAGGGCUCGCUGUGGCGGAAAUGGAAGUCACAACGGCAAGCCAUUGCACCGGCACCUAUGCUCAAGUGGGUCCAAGCGGCUCGUGGCCUCUACAACAAGCUGAGAUCCGGCACAUAUACCACUGCAGGUGGGAAGCCUAAACCUAUACACUUUGACACCCGCAAACUCCCCUAUGCCCGCGGCCUCACAACCGAUGAAAAGGAAUUGCUCCAGGACGUGAAAGGCAUGCAAGGCCAUAUGCCUGGAACGAUUGAAGUACGACGUCGGAUAGGACGUUUCCUCUUCGGGGCCAGGGUUGAGAUGGGAGAACCCCUCUUCAUCACCAUAUCUCCCACAAUCCGUCAUAACACCUUGUGCAUCAAAUUCAGCCGCUAUCGCGCCGCAGAUCCGGGCGGAACCGCCGAAGGAGCGCGCGAGCACCCGAAGCUAUGGGAGACGGCAGAAGCGACCAUCAACGUGCCGCCAUACGACACUCGCAGACAGCUCACUGCGAGGGAUCCGUGGGCCGUCGUUCUCAGCUUCCAAACCGUGGUGCAGUGCAUCUUCGCCAAACUGCUCGGCAUCCGCAUGUGCUUUCGUUGCCCAGCAUGCGAUUGCCGCGAUGCACGCGGACACGGGUGUCACGUGACGGGGGGCAUCCUUGGCAUUGCCAGCGGCCUAUGCGGAGCAAUCGAAUAUCAAGCCAAUUCCACACCGCAUUUCCACUGCAACGUGUACAUCGCGUCCAUUUGGCGACAAUCUUUGAGCGAACUUGCAGCCAAACUGAAUGACAGCACCAUCACAUUCGAGGACGUGCAACAAUUCUUGACAUGGGCACACUCCGAAUCCCAUCUUGACCUCGCAAGCCAUACGCAACAGCAAGACCACCUUGAAGCAGACUGGGCCCAGAACAACUGCAAAGCAAGCCACGAUUUUUUGUGUCAGUGGCCCAAAUUCCUUGCCGAGGACAAAGCGGCCAGUCCAUGGUUGAACGCAGUGGAACCCAAGCAGGCAUUGGCCGAUGCAAGUCGUUUCAUCCACCACUACCGUCGAGCAGCACAGAGCAAGAUCAGCCAUCAGCAGCUGCACUGGCAUCCGUGGAACGUCACGCAGAAGUGUCGGUUGCCAAUCGCCGGUUGCAGAAAGAAGGGGGCGCCAAACAAGUGUAAGCACAAUUUUCCAAAAGUGCUGAACGAAAAAGUUCGAGUAAUUUGCAGAGGGAACGCACGAAAAUGUGCACAGAGCACUGCCGGGCGGCGGAAUGCAUUAGGCUGCUUGGCAAAGAACAUGCUCCCAAAACUGCAACGGGCGAUAGCGCAAGCAGCCCGCCGGUCCACCAGAUAUUUCACCGGCUAUUUGCAGAAGCCGCAGCCGCUGGGAAGAAAAGAAUUGCAACAAGCGGCCAAGCAAUUGCAUUUCCUGGAAGAAGCAGCUGCCAAAGAUGACCCUGCAGCACACUACCGCAAAGUUGUGCACAGAGUCUUCGGGGAUCUCGAAUUUCGUUGCUCAGUCCGCCCAGUCACCGAAGAAUUCAUGCUUGCGGGCUUCAGCAACAUGACCGAUCCCACCACCGCCGAGUGCAUCCGGAAGCAAGGCACCGACCGGAAACCGGUGGAUGGCUGGCAAUAUGGCCGUGAUUACAUUUGGAAACAUCCCUUGCCAAAUAGCCGAGCCGCCAACCUGGUCCGGCUACCGCAGUGCAAUGGAUGCAGUCGAGUGCAGGAAUACUAUCUGGAAAGACGGACCGAACCGCUGAUCCCAUAUCCGACGACCUGUCCGUUGCCGAAGCCCGACAUGUCCAAGGAUGCACAGGUGUGGGCUUCGAAUAUUCGAAACGGUCAGUUAACGCCAGAGUCUGCCACAGCAUGGCUGCAGCGUCUCGCAGAGCAGGGCUCGGUGGCAGUCGAUCCAGCCGCAGGCAGUGCAGAGCAGCGCUCAGCCAGUGCAGAACCGCGCGCAGCAAAUGCAGAGCCGCGGUCAGCAUGUAAACCCACGGCCGAACAACUGAAAUUCCUGCGUGCUGUCGUCGACCGCUGCCUCACAGAGGCUCAAGAAGAACAGGCCGAAAGUUCCCGCAGUGAGCCUUUGCGUGCAGUGUUCCACGGGGUUCCAGGUGCAGGCAAAACCCAAACCCUCAAGUGGUUGCGUGCUUUUUUCGAAGAUUUGUGUAGGUGGCAGCAUCAACAAGAGUUUGUAUACUUGGCACCGCAGAACACCCAAGCUGCACUUAUUGCUGGCAUGACGCUACACUCGUUUGCCAAUAUCCAGGUGAAAACCAAAACGGCCCGAGCAAAAAACACCAGCACACCGGAACAGUUCGCUAAGUAUCAACGCCUACGGUGGCUGGUGGUGGAUGAAUCUUCGACUGUCGGGCUCGAAAUAUUGGCCACUCUGGAGAAACGCCUGCAGCAGUCUACCAGAGAUCGGGAUACGUGGAAACUUUGGCCAGGAGGAGAACGGAGGCCAUUCGGAGGGCGCAACCUCAUCUUGACCGGGGACUUGUGGCAGUUCCCGCCAGUCAAAGCCACAGCCAUUUACCAGAACCCUUUCCAGUCAAACACAACCUUCCAAGUCAACGCACUGCAGCAAAUCUGUUGGUCGCACACCUGGCUUGCCAUCCCGCACCUGUUUGAGCUCACCCGCGAACAGCGGUGCAAAGACCCAAAAGCCGAGCACUUCCUUAACCAUCCGUUUGUGCAUGGGCUGAAUGCCGCCAAGUACAUUGCAGCCAACCUUCGUGCCAAAUGGGUCGCCAGCACUCGCAAGCACAAGUUGCUUUGGAUAAUUGCUCAAGAUACCCCGCUUUUUCAUGUGGAGGCGACGGAAUUACAAGCCCGGCGCGAAAAUUGGUUACAGCGCCAUGACCAGUCCACCGGCGGUGUCGUCGGAAUCUUGCCCCUUCUCCACAACAUGCCAAUCCGAGUCACGCAAACCCUGUCCGAUCUGAAAGCUUUCGGGCUCUUCAAAAACACCCGGGGCAUCCUUUGGAAUUGGACACUGCACGAUGUCGACAAAGACGCCGUCGAAACAGCAGAAGGCCGAGACAUCGUGCUACAACGCCUUCCGCUGGCAUUGUAUGUCAGAGUGGCCGGGGCAAACUGGCAACAACAUCCAGACCUGCCGGUUGGCGUCGCUCGGAUUGAACCCGUCACCCAGACGUGGACGCUGGAAACGAACGGCAAAACUACCGUCUCUCGACGUGGCUUUCCAAUAGCCUCCGAUUACGCUGGCACGGCGCAUUCGUUUAUGGGGGCCACCCUCGGUGCAUGCACAUUGGACCUUGGCACGUGGGAUGCCACGACCUCCCGCGAGGCCAAAAUUCGAUUUGAGAAAGACAAGCCGAACAAGCAAAGGAAUCGUGACAUCAUGUUGUUUUGCCGCGGUUGCAGCCCACAACCGCAUCUACAAGAGAAACUGUUGCCACUUCGAGAAUUCGUUUCGGCCUGGGACCAAGAGGAAUGGUACCGUGUACUGUCAGAAGGCAUGUGUCGCUUAUGCACCCAGUGUCAAACGAAGCAGAGCAGCCCUGCAGCCAAGAGGAAGCCUAAGGAAGUGGGUUCCUGCGCAUAUUGCCAGACGUUGCCAGCCGACCAGACCGGCUACUGUUCGAAAUGCGUUGUGGGCAACCACGCCCUCAAAAGUCAUCCCACCAUGCCAAACAGAAACCGCAUUGGCUUUGUAAGAGCUGUAAUGCAGCGCCCAAAUGUGGCAACUGUGCCGGCCCUUUGCCGAGCCACGCAGAGGCAGGCACAUGGUGUGCCACAUGUGCAUAUCCACCGUGCAGUGGAGGUUGCGGCGAGCCUCGCCCCCAAAGACCAGCCAACCAUGCAAAACACCUGCCGAAAUGGUUUUGUCAACAUUGCAAUGCAGCGAAACACUGUGCCAACUGUGCCGGCCCUUUACCGAGCAAUGCAGAGGCAGGCACAUGGUGUGCCACAUGUGCAUAUCCACCGUGCAGUGGAGGUUGCGGCGAGCCCCGCCCACAUGAAAGAAGAUACCACGCCCAGCACAAGCCGCUUUGGUUGUGUCAAGCAUGCAGUGGACGCAAUGGUUACCCGCCGUGUCCAAUGUGCGGUCUGCAACGCCAGUCGGUACCAUGUCAAUGUCAUGCCGCACUGGACCUGCGAAGCCUGCACGGUAAAGUCUUGUCCCAAGUGCGGGGAAGUUCUUGGUGCAAAAGCUCAAACGGAUGCAUUGUGUUUAGCGUGUGCAUAUCCACCAUGUGAGAGCUGUGGGUCGCAACGCCCGCAAGAAAGUCGUUACCGUGUCAACGUCAUGCCGCAGUGGACCUGCGAAGCCUGCUCAGUCAAGUCUUGUCCCAAGUGCGGGCAAAUCCUUGGUCCAAAAGCUCAAGAUGGUGCAUGGUGUUUAGCCUGUGCAUAUCCGCCCUGUGAGAGUUGCGGUCGCCCACGGCCAAGGACGCACAGUGAAUACCAUGCGCAGGUCAUGCCAACAUGGACGUGCGAGGCGUGCGGCGGGAACAGCCAUACUGACGGUCCCAAAGAAAAGGCUUCGCAGAGGUUAGUCGCCCAUGCAUCCGACGCCAGCCAACGGCAUAUGACAUUUUUCCAUAGCCCAACAUGA